CUUGUGGGGAAGACGAUUCAUCCUUAUCUCGUCUCCAGCGACGAUAGCCGUCACUCUUGACUCUCAAUCUGGGGAUAGUCUAGUCUCGCUGUCGGGAUCACUAUCUUUCUUGAUGGUGCUGUCACGCAUCCCGGUACCUCCGGGCCUGCCUUACUGACGGUUUAGCCCGGCAUUAACUGAUAGCGAUUUACUAUACUCUUUGGGAAACUGACAUGUUUCUGGAACUGAAGACGUAGACUGUUAGCCAGAUCAUGAUGACCGAAACGGAAAGACGUAAGUCUGGGGAAACGAGUAACAGUUUCCGAAAGAUUCAUGUAUAUAAACUGUCCUGAACUCGGCAUCAAAAAGACUUCAUCACUCACAAUCACAUUCAUCUUCACAACAGUCUCUUGGCUUCACUUACACUUCUUUUCCAUCACUUUCAUCAACAACCUUCAAAAUGGCCGCCCUCAACGUAGACACCCUCGACAUGUCCCUCUUCUUCGGCACCCCCUCCCAGAAGCAAGACUUCUGCGACUCCCUCCUCCGCCUCCUCAAAAAGCGCGGCGGCGUCAAACUAAUCAACCACCCCAUCCCCUCCACCUCCAUCCACGAACUGUUCGCCCAGACGAAGCGCUUCUUCAACCUCCCCCUCGAGACGAAAAUGCUCGCCAAACACCCUCCCCAGGCAAACCCCAACAGAGGUUACUCCUUCGUCGGCCAGGAAAACGUCGCCAACAUCAGCGGUUACGAAAAAGGUCUUGGACCCCUAAAGACUCGGGAUAUCAAAGAGACUGUGGACUUUGGCUCCGCGAAUGAUGAGCUUGUUGAUAACCUUUGGGUUCCGGAGGAGGACCUUCCUGGGUUUAGGAGCUUUAUGGAGGGGUUUUAUGAGUUGGCUUUCAAGACGGAGAUGCAGCUUCUUGAGGCUCUUGCUAUUGCUCUUGGUGUUUCUCCUGAACACUUGAAGUCGCUGCAUAACCGUGCUGAGAAUGAGUUUCGCAUUCUUCACUACCCUGCCAUUCCUGCAUCUGAACUCGCAGACGGAACAGCAACCCGCAUCGCGGAGCACACCGACUUCGGAACCAUCACCAUGCUUUUCCAAGACUCUGUCGGUGGUCUUCAGGUCGAGGACCAAGAGAACCUCGGAACGUUCAACAACGUCGAAUCAGCUUCCCCUACCGAUAUCAUCCUCAACAUCGGUGAUUCUCUGCAGCGGUUGACGAAUGAUACUUUCAAGGCUGCGUGUCAUCGUGUUACGUAUCCUCCUUCCAUCAAGGCUGGUGAUGGCGAGCAGGUCAUUCCUGAGAGAUACUCUAUUGCGUACUUUGCUAAGCCUAACCGAAGUGCUUCUUUGUUCCCGCUGAAGGAGUUUAUUGAGGAGGGUGUUCCUUGUAAGUAUGAGGAUGUUACUGCCUGGGAGUGGAACAAUCGUCGUAUUGAGAAGUUGUUUUCUGCUGAGGCUAAGGCUUAAUGAGGUGAAAAAAGGAAGAUGGAUGGCCAGAUUGAUAGUUUAUAGCAUAG